UAUCUCCAAUCUCCAGCACUUCAGUACGAAUCUAACGCGCUGAAGUGAGUGGUCACAGAAACAUUUUACUCUCUCGCGAGUUUCACGUGGAUUUAAAAGUUGUUAUAGUUGCGGUAAUUUAGACACCGGCUGAAGAAAGUAACAAAGAAAAACAAAAACACAAGGGGUCUUACCGCAAGUUAAAACUUGGUGGUCAAUUUUUCUCGGACUAUAAGCGGUAUAGUGCAACAACAAACGUAAUAGUUUCUCAUAAUUCAUACUUUCACAUGAUGGCUGACUACAGCAUCCGCAGCAGACAAGAGAGUACCGAAAGUUUGGCCUCGUCCUCCGCGGUCACCAGUGAAGAGUAUUCAGACGAUGACAAAGAAAAGGAUGGGUACGAUAUUGACGAUUUCAAUAUCAUCAAGACGAUAGGAACUGGAACCUUUGGUAGAGUUCUUCUAUGCAAGAAUAAAGAGACCGAGGAAUAUGGUGCCAUGAAGGUAUUGUGUCUUGCUGAUGUUAUAAGGCUGAAACAAGUGGAACAUGUUAAAAAUGAAAAGAGCAUCCUAAAAGAAAUUAGACAUCCGUUUAUAGUCAAUUUAUUAUGGUGCGACAGAGAUGAAAUCUGCAUCUACAUGCUCUUCGAAUAUGUCUGUGGAGGGGAAUUAUUCUCAUAUCUUAGGAAUGCGGGAAGAUUUACAUCAUCAACUGCAAAUUUCUAUUCUGCUGAAAUUGUUUCUGCAUUAGAAUAUCUACAUUCUAAAAGUAUCGUUUAUAGAGACCUAAAGCCUGAAAACUUAUUAUUGGAUAAAGAAGGGCACUUAAAAAUUACAGAUUUCGGGUUCGCUAAGAAACUUAAUGAUAGGACGUGGACCUUGUGUGGAACUCCGGAAUAUUUAGCUCCGGAGAUUAUACAGAGCAAAGGACAUAAUAAAGCUGUAGACUGGUGGGCUCUAGGUGUAUUAAUAUAUGAAAUGUUAGCUGGAUUUCCACCAUUUUACGAUGACAAUCCAUUUGGUAUAUAUGAAAAAAUUUUAAGUGGAAAGAUCGAAUGGCCAAGGCAUUUAGAUACAAUUGCCAAGGAUCUUAUUAAAAAGCUUUUAGUUCAGGAUCGAACGAAAAGAUUAGGAAAUAUGAAGAGUGGUGCCGACGAUAUAAAGAGGCAUAGAUGGUUUAAAGGGAUCGAUUGGUGCGAAGUUAACUUAAGAAAACUUACUCCUCCUAUCAUACCAAGGAUAAGUUAUGAAGGCGAUUCUAGCAACUUUGAUGACUAUCCAGAAGCGGAUUGGAAAUCCACUAGAACAUUGGAAGAAUCGGAGUUAAAACUGUUUGAGGAUUUUUAACAAUUUUAAAAAUCUUUAUUUGUUAUUUAAUAAUUUUAUAAAUUUUGUUGAAACCAUCCUAGUGUAUAUUUUGUAACUAGACAAAGUUUUCAUAGCAACUUUAUUAUUUACUCUUUUUAUUUAUAUAUUCUUUUUGUAUUUUUUUAAGUGCUAAAGUUCGUUACAAUUCCUCUAAAUGUAUAUUAAGUGAGUAGGCACAAAAUUUGCAAUGUUUUUUAAAUGUAUUCAUAUUUUUUUUUUUCGAAUCCUGAAAAAACUAAUAUUUUUGAAAAAUUUAAACACAAAAUGAAAGAUUACAUUAUUACCGAGGGCCGAAAGUCCUUGAAAACGUCUAUAAUGUUUAUUUGAAUAAGUUACAGGGAUGAAAAAAAAAAUAGAGAAAAUUGAGUGUAAUUUUUAAUCUCUAAUAUCUUAUCCAAAGAAAUCUUUUGUUUAUACUAAGGCACUUUCGGUCCUCGGUAAUAAUGCAAUCUUUCAAUCUGUGUUUACAUUUUUCUAAAAUAUUUAUUAGUUUUUUCAGGACACGAAAAAAAUGAAUGAAAUUUUGAGCCUAGGCUCUUAAGGUUUUGUUAUAAAAACUUUGUCUACGCUUAUAAUUUAACUGGGACCUUAAUUGUGAUAUUGAAUAGAUAAGGUUAGUAAUAAGUUGUAAACUUUUUAUUUUAGAGUGAUUCGUAAUAUUUUAGAAUUUAGUAUUUAUUUUCUAACAUGCUGGAAUUAACGGAAAUCAACAUUUUUAGUCAUUCCUUUUCACACGAGUGUUAAUAACGUUUGUUUGUACUGGCGCCUUUAAGGAAAGUUUGAAAUAUUACGUUUAAAUUAUAUACAGGGUGUUUUCAGGGCAUUUUGUUUCUUUUAUUUCUAUUAAUAACAAGAAAUAAUCACUCGGUACUUUAGUUAAACUACUGAAUUUGUGUCGAUGUUGUAACAGGUAGCUUAAUAGACACUAGUCUUAGUAAAACACAAGUUUAAUUUAAAUAAAAAUAUAUUCGAAAUAAAUAAAUAACCUGUUUUCGCAGGGUCAGGAAUUUUUCGUUUAUUAUAAAUUAAUAGAUGAAAAUAGUUUCUGUCCUUGUGGGAUCGGUACUCACCGGAGGAACCCCAGACGUUCUGAUACAAUUAGCGUCUCUUUGCAAAGACAAUAACGUCGACUUUGCAAAGUAACAAGACACUUACUCAACACACAAACUACACAUGACACUAGGUACCUGUAUGCAAAAAGUCACCGUACCUACCAUGCCAAUGGCCAUUAGUUGUCGAGGCAUUAGCUAAAUAAAAAAACCUGUAUUCGCUCCGUGCAUGACUGACACGACACCUAGCGUAGCCGUCUGAAAUUUUUGGCGAACACGAUUUGACGUUAAACAUAUGAUACACAUAUGACAUAUUUGACGUUAAUGUAAUAUUUUUAUUUACCAUUUUUGAUAAAAUUUAUUUACAAACAAUAAGUUUCAACGAGUGUCAAAUAAACGUCAAAUUAAAAAACGGAUAUUUGGAAGUUCUCUGAAGAAAAUAUAAAUUUUAAGGGUUUUUCUGCACUUUUUCGUUAUAGGUUAGUAGUUGUCGGUGUCUCUUAGUAAAUUGAAUGUGAAAUAUAUUUAUUCCUAUUUUACUAUUCAACCUCCAUACUGAAAUGUGUUAAAAAAAUUUUUUUUGAAAAAAUGUUUGCCAAAAAGUGUUAAAAACGUCUUAUGAUUUGGACGUCGGAAUAUUAGAAAAUACUUUAUUUCAUUACCUGUGGUUAAUUCCGAAGAGAAAUUAAAAUGCGGUAAACAAAACACUUUAAAAAAUACUUGUAUCUAAAAUAUAGUAUUAUGCAGAGGCGUGCGGUUCAUGGAAGCGGGGGAAGCACCGCUUCCCUAUACUUCCAUAUAAGAAAAUACAUAUAUUAUUAAUUAGUAUUUAAUUAUCAACAAUGUUUCCCUAAUCUUAGUAAUCUACAUAUUAUGUAGAUAAUUGCAAUAGACAUUAAAACAUUAUUAAAAAUUGAUCGCAUACGAACGGGCUCAAAUAUGCACACAAUUCAACGAUUCAGUCCGCUCCUGACGGAAGCGCAUCUCAAGAUCGCUGCUUAUCAUGCAUUUGUCCCGUUUAAAAAUUGGUCAGGGUUUGAUACCCUCACCCGCCAGUCAUGUUCCUUUCACGCGAAUUUUGAUACCCUUGAAAGCGAUCGUCCGAGCGCCGUCCGAUUCCGAAAACGAGAUGCGUAGACUGUUACUGCUGCUAUAAGGGGUAGGUAUUUAGGUACAAUGGCUUAAAGAAAAUUUCGAUUUCAAUUUUUUGCUUAAUAUUUUUACUAAUAUUUUAUUUGACAGUUUGAGAUUUUUCCUUUUACUGAUAUUUUAUAGUACCUACGAUAUUUUACAGACGAAGUCAAGUGGCAUUGCAUUUUGUAUAAGACAAUUUGAUGACUUAUGAUGAUUAAAAAAUGAGCUGUUUAAAAAUAUUUGGGAUAAAGCUGAAAAAUAAUGAUGAUUGAUAAUGUCGGCGAAAGAGAGACCUAUCGAUGAUUAUACAUCGAAAUUUUUGAUAAUAUUGUACAACAAAUGAAUUAUCACUUUGAAAAUUUUAAAGAAAUAACAUAUGUAGAAUUAUGUAAUUUUAAUAUGUCUAAUUAUAAUCCAUCAAAAUCUUCUACAGAGGUAUUUAAUUCAGUACGAUUAAAUUAUGAUUUUUUUUAUAUUCUAGCUUUGCAUUCUCAGUUAAAUAUCAUUUAUAAAACACCUGAAAUUAGUGAUAAAAAAAUACUUAGGAAUCGGUUGAAUUUUUUGAAUACUACUGGUUUAAAUAAGUCUCUGUGUGAAGUGGUCAAGUUGUGUGAAUUAGUAGGUAGGUACUAACUAUCCCAGCUACAAGUGCACCAUCAGUUGAACGAAGUUUUUCAGUAUUAAAAUGCAUUAAAAGUUUUACAAUAAAUUUCACAAGCGAAGACAGACUUUCUAAGUUAGCCCUAUUAUCCAUUGAAAAAUAGUGCAUUAAAAAUUAUCAGAAAAUCCAAAAUUUUACGACGAUAUUAUCGACAAAAAAUUUGCACUGGUUGAUAGGAGGAUAGGACUCAAGUAUAAGUAAAUAAGUGUCACAUUGUUGAAAGUUGUGUGUUGUGGAAGGUGAUUCGAAAUCGGAAUAUAAAAACAAUUUUGAAUAGAACUCUUCUUUUUAAGUUUAAAGAAACCAAGCCUGGAACAGGGACUCGAGAGCCUGAGCAAGUAGUACAGAUCGAUGAUAAGUCACUAGAUAUACGAUAUACUAAAUCAGUAUAGAGUCACUAACCUGCAUUGAUCGGGGUAGGAUUUCGUUUGUGAGUCCUUGUAUCCGGGACUCCCACAUAAUAAGCACUUUGCUGAUAGAGAGCCCCUAUAGCGCAUGAGAGUGCUAUCGGAGGUAAAGUGGAUAGUAUGAAGCAUUGGGGCGGGAUGGAGUGACGCCCGCUUAUGAGAGUAAAUCCUCCUUGCUCCAAUGAAUUUGUAUCACCCGAAUCUCAUUCUCAAGGCGUGUGCAUGUCUCUCAGACUGGGUUAAACACUGUACCUAAUGUUUUGUAGUUCUUGUUUUUAGUCGAUAUAAGUUAACAGGUAUUACAUUAGGUAUAUACUUAUUAAGUAGAUAUAUAUUUUGAUCUCGACUCUCGUAAGAAAAUAUUUGUUAAACCCUUAUUGAAUCGCUUCCUCUUCCGAAAAUGUCACCGCACGCCACUGUAUUAUAGUAUUUUUACUACAAAAGCGAUAUUACGUAGGUCAAAAUUUUUGACGUAAGAGAACUGUCAAAACAUUAGAUGUGACUUUUCAUUAUUGCCAUGUUUAUUAUAAACAUGGUAAUAAUGAAAAAUCACAUUCUAAUGUUUUGACAGUUCUCUUACGUCAAAAAUUUUGACCUACGCAAUAUCGCUUUUGUAGUAAAAAUACUAUAUCUUAAACACCCUGUAUUAGAUUUAAUCUUUAAAUAGCUGAUAUACAAUUUCUAGUUUACAGGCUGAAUAUUUUUACCAAACUUGUAAAGAAGUGACUGUGUCUCUGCGACUGUUUAAAGUUCUGUAAUAUAGUUUAAGCCUUUUGUUAACUUUUGAUUGUAACAUAAAAAGUAAUAAACGUUAUUUUGUAAAAAAA